UGUCGGGCAGCUAUCGGGGUCCUGUCAUUCUGACACGUGUCAUCAGCGGGCGUCGGUCCGGCGCAGACACGUGUGCUGCUGUUCUUAAGAGAUUCUCCAACACAUCAUGGAGUACAUGCAAGCCCCGGCAUCAAGCACACAAGGCAACAUCCUGUGCUGUAUGUGUGGCAUUGCCAUUCCUCCAAACCCAGCCAACAUGUGCGUCUCCUGCUUGAGGAAUAAAGUGGACAUCUCGGAAGGAAUUCCCAAGCAAGUCACCGUCCAUUUCUGCAGGCAGUGUGAACGGUACCUGCAGCCUCCGGGGACGUGGCUCCAGUGUGCUCUGGAGUCCCGCGAGCUUCUGGCUCUGUGCCUUAAGAAACUCAAGGCUUCCGUGGCAAAGGUGAGACUUAUCGAUGCGGGCUUCUUAUGGACGGAGCCGCACUCUAAAAGAAUCAAGAUGAAGCUGACCAUCCAGAAAGAGGUCAUGAAUGGAGCCAUUCUGCAGCAGGUGUUCGUGGUGGAGUUUGUCAUUCAGCCUCAGAUGUGUGAGGAUUGUCAUCGGGUGGAGGCCAAAGACUUCUGGAAAGCAGUCGUGCAAGUCAGACAGAAGACUGUCCACAAAAAGACGUUUUACUACUUGGAGCAGCUGAUUUUGAAACACAAGCUCCAUCAGAGCACAGUGCGCAUCAAAGAGAUUCAUGAGGGCAUUGAUUUUUACUACGCCUCUAAGCAGCACGCUCAGAAGAUGGUGGAUUUCUUGCAGUGCACCGUUCCCUGCAGGUCGAAGGCGUCUCAGCGGUUGAUCUCUCACGAUAUUCACUCCAAUACCUACAACUACAAAAGCACCUUCUCAGUGGAGAUCGUUCCUGUGUGUAAGGAUAACGUGGUGUGUCUGUCUCCACGGCUCGCCCAGAGUCUGGGAAACAUGGGUCAGGUGUGUGUCUGCAUCCGGGUCACCAGCUCUAUACACCUGAUUGACCCCAACACCCUGCAGAUUGCUGAGGUGGAUGGGAACACGUUCUGGCGUCAUCCGUUCAGCAGUCUGUGUAGCCCGCGGCAGCUGGAGGAGUUCAUCGUCAUGGACAUCGACAUUAUCAGAGGUCAGCGGUUAGGAGCCGGCGCCGGUCUCACGUCCAAUAAGCACACGUUGGCUGAGGUCUGGGUUCAGAAGACGUCAGAGAUGGACUCCAGUCAUCAGUAUCACUGCAGAACGUUCCUGGGUCACCUGCUGAACAUUGGAGACCUGGUGCUGGGCUUUGAUUUUGCCAAUGCCAAUAUCAAUGAUGAGUUCCUCAAUAAGAUGAACCCUCACCACGUUCCUGACGUGGUGCUGAUAAAGAAGAGUUAUGACCGCAUGAAGAGGAUGAAGAACCGAGUGUGGAAGCUGAGGGAACUGGACCGAGAGAGAGACGCUACAGACACCGAUGAUGAGAGACAAUACACUGAAUUCCUGGAGGACCUGGAGGAAGAUGAGAUGCUGAGGAAGAACGUCAACAUCUUCAGAGAUGCUUCAAAGAUCCCUGUGGAAAGUGAGCCGGAUGACGACGGCGCUCCCAGGAUCUCUCUGGCGGAGAUGAUGGAGGAUCUGAGCCUGAGCGACGCCAACGGUGGAGCAGGAGCUGAUAUGAUGACUGAUUAAUAUACAGCACCUCAGAACAGGGCAGGUGUCAGCUAAAACUAGUCUUUAAGAGAGAUGCAUUUCCUAAUGUGCCGGUGCGGUGAUGCAGUAAAUAAAACAUCUAAACCGUCUCUGUAUGGCAGGUGGUUGAGAAAUAAGACGAAUGGUUGACUCAAAAAAUGAAAAUGCUGUCAUUUACUCGUCCUCAUGUCUUUAAAAACCUAAAGACUUCCUUUAUUCUGCCGAACAGAAAAUGAGUUUGGUUAAUGAACAUCCAGUUGCGUGAGAUCAGUGGCAGCAUAUAGUGAAUGACUUGAAUUGAAUUUUGUCAAUUUUAGUGCAGACUUAUUUAUGGAUCAUGCAUUCUGGAACAAGGACAGCAUGGAUCUCAUCCCGUACAAACUGGCUAGUCUGCUUCAGAAGUCGCCAUAUUGAUUUCAUACAGGUUUGGGUCAAAUCUGGACAGGCUCUUGGUUGGGGUGUAAGAGGCAUUCACAGGGUUCCCACGCUUCUUGAAAGUACUUG